AUGUCUGAUGACAGAAAAGAAGAAGAUGAGGAGGAAGAAGUCACCUGUCAGCCUCUUCCCCCUCCUCCAGCCUCUGUUGCCUUGGAGACAAUGAUGUCACUGAGGAGGCAGGAUCUGGUGUGCAUUGUGUGUUUCGGAAGCUACGACCUGGCAAAGCGGCUACCUAGGCGACUACACUGUGGCCACACCUUCUGCCAGGCGUGUCUGAAGAGACUGAACACAGUCAUCAACGAACAGGUGUGGAUCCCGUGUCCUCAGUGCCGGCAGAACACGCCUUCACCCAGAGGAGGCGCCGCAGCUCUGGACCUGGACCUGGCCACCUUCCUGGGAGUGAAGGCCUGCACCUCCUCCUCCUCCUCCUCCUGGAGCUCCGGUCGCAGAGAGGGCCUGACAGCAGCAGACGCAGCCCAGGACGGGAAGCUGUGGCUGGGGAAGGAGGCUGUGGAUGAUGGUUGGUCGCACGGAGGGCUGGCUGAGCCCCGCUUCCAUCACUAUGGCAACUGCUGUCCACCACUUUCCUAUUGCUUGUGCUGCUGGUUCUGUUGCCCAGGGCGGGGCUAA